AUGUCCAACGAACUUAUCCUCUACGACCUGCCUAGCAAAGGACGCUGUCGGUCUUGGUCUGCAAAUGUUUGGAAGACUCGCCUCGUCCUGAAUUACAAGAACAUUUCUUACAAGACGCAAUGGGUCCCUUUUCCAGAAGUUCGAGACACUGUCGCUGCAACCGGCGUAUCCCCCAACGGCGAGAAAGCCUGGACAGAAUACAGCGUUCCUCUUAUCAAAUUCCCCGACGGUACCUACCUCAUGGACUCCGCCAACAUCGCCCCAGCCCUCGAGAAACUCCAUCCCUCCCCACCACUGCAUCUUGAUCUGAAGAUCCACGAGGAGCUGAUGCCGGCGUUUGGACAGGCAAUCAUGCCCCUUGUGCCAAGUGUGGCGAUGCCCGAGAUUGCGAGGAGUGUCAUUCUAGAGUGUGAUCGAGAGUGGUUCUACGCUGAUCGCGAGCGCAAACUUGGCGCAUCACUCGAUGAACUCGAGCGAACGAACGGUGGAGAUCAAGCGUGGGAGAAGGCAAGGCCUGGGUUCGAGGGGAUUCGGGAGGUGUUGAAGAAGUAUAAGAGGGACGAAGGCCCCUUCAUCCUCGGCAGCGAGCCCAGUUAUGGCGAUUUCAUGCUCGUCGCAGGGAUCCAUAUGUUCAGUCAGUUCCCAAAGGAGAAGUACGAGAAAUUUCUGAGCAUGUGUGAGCCGGAGUUGGGGAAUCUUUAUGAGGCUAGUAAGCAGUGGAUCCAGAGGGAUGAUUGA